AUGGUCAGCCCUGUCGGACGGGUCAUGGUCUCAGGGUGUUCUCACCACUGCCACGAACUUGAUCAGAAGCAUCCUAUCACCUUUUCGACUAACAGACCCGAAGCAACAAGAACAAGUCGGGGCCUCGAGUCUCUUCGAAAUUUCCAUAAUUUCGGAAUAUUAGCUGCCUCCAACGCGCCUAUCUCUGCCGAAAGCCAAAUCCUUGAUCCUCCCCCGGCCGCAUGGCCAGACUCAUGCGAGGAACAUGACCACUCACCCCUAUCUCCUCCAGCGUCACUCAUCGCAGAACCCUUUGACCCUCAAGACUACCAAUACGACAAAAGGCACCGCCCGAGCACCCCUGAUCAACAACAUCAGUCGCACCCUAUCCGCGAAUCUCAACCGGUAUACUGCGCUUUCCCCGCCCACUGCCCACGGAAGCCAUUCCAGGCAUUCCCUUUCCUGGCAUCCUCUUUGUCCACUUCGUCAUCAUCACCACAGAGAGAAUGUUCCCCCACCCGCAACGACAGCGCUGUCGCUGGAAUUUCCCUUGGAGCUGGCGGCGAUUUUGAAGCCGAAGCCAGCACCGGCGCUGUAAUCAAAGCCAUGACCAUAGCCGGCUCCAAGACAGACCCGCUCCCCUCGCCUCUCCUCCGCUCACCGACUGCACCGACUUCACUCAUUGAUUCAUGGGCCGACGCCUACCGCAGCCCCUCAUCCCGUGCGUCAACCACAUCGAAAGCUGCAGCAGACCCCGCCUCCUCCUCCCCCUCUUACUGCACCCGCUGCGUCGUACCCCUCAUCUUUGACAUCUCUUCUCUCGACCAAGACGAGAGUUGGGAAUGCUGUAACUGCGCUUCCAACAAUAAAAAGUUGGGAAUUUCAUUGUGUUAG